GCCGCUUUGCACCGAGAUCAUUGAUUUUCCUCAGCGUUCUCCUCGUCACGGACUGCGGGGGGACGUGCGGGGCGCCUGGUAUCUUCUGAGAGAACCUUCGGGUAGACUCAGCUACCAACCCUUCAGUUGGCAGCCAAACACAUGAACCACUUGACCACCCAGUGUCUUCUAAAGAGGAGUGUUCACAUCGUCAGUAUCGCCAACAAGAGGAACAAACCGGGGCACCCCCGAGACCAUGGAGCGUGGAGAUGGUCUAACUCAGCUGCUGCCUCACUGCCUGGUUCACAUCGGAGCUCCUGCACUCACCUGCUGUGGGCCCUUGGGCGUCGGGGCCUUGUCCCCUUCUCUCUGCCUCCCAUCACAUCCCUGGAGCCCCGUGACUCCCACGGACGGCCCGGUCUCGGCUGUGCACUGCAGCCCCGGCUGCCGGAGGGGCCACGCAAGACCAUGACGAAGACAGAUCCUGCCCCCAUGGUCCCACCGCCCCGAGCAGAGGAGGAAGAGGAGGAGGAGGAAGAGGAGGAGGAGGAGACCGCCCCGGAGGUCCCCAGCCCCACCCAGGAGCGCAGGCAGAAGCCGGUGGUGCACCCCUCGGCGCCAGCCCCGCUCCCCAAGGAUUAUGCCUUCACCUUCUUCGACCCCAAUGACCCGGCGUGCCAGGAGAUUCUGUUUGACCCCCAGACCACCAUCCCCGAGCUGUUCGCCAUUGUGCGCCAGUGGGUGCCCCAAGUGCAGCACAAGAUUGAUGUCAUUGGCAAUGAGAUUCUGCAUCGAGGCUGUCAUGUGAAUGACCGGGAUGGGCUAACGGACAUGACGCUGCUCCAUUAUGCCUGCAAGGCGGGGGCCCAUGGAGUUGGGGACCCCGCAGCGGCUGUGCGCCUGUCGCAGCAGCUGCUGGCGCUGGGGGCCGACGUGACCCUGCGCAGCCGCUGGACUAACAUGAACGCACUUCACUACGCGGCCUAUUUCGAUGUGCCGGACCUGGUGCGCGUGCUCCUCAAGGGGGCCAGGCCACGAGUGGUGAACUCCACGUGCACUGACUUCAACCACGGCUCAGCCUUGCACAUCGCAGCCUCCAACCUGUGCCUGGGCGCCGCCAAGUGUCUGCUGGAGCAUGGUGCCAACCCCGCACUUAGGAACCGGAAGGGACAGGUCCCGGCCGAGGUGGUCCCAGACCCGAUGGAUAUGUCCCUGGACAAGGCAGAAGCAGCGUUGGUGGCCAAGGAGCUGCGGACCCUGCUGGAGGAGGCGGUGCCACUGUCCUGUGCCCUCCCCAAGGUCACGCUGCCCAACUACGACAACGUCCCGGGCAACCUCAUGCUCAGUGCGCUGGGCCUGCGCCUGGGGGACCGCGUGUUGCUCGAUGGCCAGAAGAGGGGCACCCUGCGAUUCUGCGGGACCACGGAGUUCGCCAGCGGCCAGUGGGUGGGCGUGGAGCUGGAUGAACCUGAGGGCAAGAAUGAUGGCAGUGUUGGGGGUGUCCGGUACUUCAUCUGCCCCCCCAAGCAGGGUCUCUUUGCUUCCGUGUCCAAGAUCUCCAAAGCAGUGGACGCACUGCCCUCAUCCGUCACCUCCACGCCCCGGACUCCCCGGAUGGACUUCUCCCGAGUCACUGGCAAAGGCCGUAGGGAGCACAAAGGCAAGAAGAAGUCACCGUCAUCCCCUUCUCUGGGCAGCCUGCAGCAGCGAGAGGGAGCCAAGGCUGAGGUCGGGGACCAGGUCCUCGUUGCAGGCCAGAAGCAGGGCAUCGUGCGCUUCUACGGGAAGACAGACUUUGCCCCAGGUUACUGGUACGGCAUUGAGCUGGAACAGCCCACCGGCAAGCAUGACGGCUCUGUCUUCGGUGUCCGGUACUUCACCUGCCCCCCGAGGCAUGGGGUCUUUGCACCAGCGUCACGCAUUCAGAGGAUUGGUGGAUCCACUGACCCCCCCGGGGACAGUAUCAUAGCCAAAAAAGUGCAUCAAGUGACAAUGUCGCAACCCAAACGAACCUUCACAACAGUCCGUACCCCAAAGGACAUCACAUCAGAGAACUCCAUCUCCAGGUUGCUCUUCUGUUGCUGGUUCCCCUGGAUGCUGAGGGCGGAGAUGCAGUCUUAGAGGACUUGCUCACUCGACAGAGGGCCACGGAGCCCCCUUCUGGCAUCUCCUGAGACAAGGAGCCCCCCAGUCACCCUGAGAUAGAGAUUCCUACCCCCCAGUAACAUCCAGAAUAGAGACCCUCCCAUUAGCCAACCCUCAAUCAUGGAGGCCCCAUUAUUAACAGAGUCCCUCAUAUUAACUCCCCCUCCCAAAUACAGACCCCCAUGUCACCCAGAAAGAGAUUCCCCGAAUAUAGCACCUUCAAGGUAGUCCCCAUCCCUACCCCUUACAGCAGCCCCCCCACCUUUCCACGUAACAGAUUUUCAUGGUCCCCCAACUGGCAGUGACUCCCCCAUAAAACAAGGGCGCUUUCCUCCGACACUCAUCAUUGCGCCCGAAACCCUCCCAUUGACAAAGACCUCUCCAAGUCCCCUCGAAACAAAUGCAGGUCACACCUCCGGGGUAAUGGCCUUUGUGUCACUCUCCCCCAUUUAACCUAAGCAACUUGAGAUGUGACCCCAAGGUCACCCCAAGCCCUCAUAUCCUAACCUUUCAAUCAGAGACCCAUUAACGGUUCAGCCCCCCCACCCCCCACCAAAGAAGAGACUCAUAUUAACUCACCUACUGUCAACCCCAAUUUACAGACACCAAAACAGUCCUGCAAGUGCUAAUUACAGGACCCUCAAGUCUUCCUGUCCUCUGACCCCUCAAGAAAACCCCAGUGCCUUGUAAGAAGCCCACCCCACAUGGCCCACAGACCCUGUGCUGGCCAGGAAUCCAGAAAAGUCUAUUUUUAAACUAUUGACUUCCCCUCUUUGGGGGAAACCCCCAAAUUUGAAGGCCCCAUCUGGGCUUCUGGGGAUCCAGAACCCCAGAAAAUACAUGCCCCAAACUCCCUUGUGCUCCCAAGUCCUACAGUCCAAAGAAGACUCCAAGGCCCAGUUCCCCAAACCACUGAAUCCCCCAAUUCCCAGGGAAUCCCAAAUUUAAAAUUCUAAAUCCAAGACCCCCAUCAUGGAAGUCCUUGGGCUUAGGAACGGAGGAGACUGCCAUCUGGGGUCUGCACUCCAGCUUCCCAGGGCACCUCGGUAAGACCCCAGACAAGAACCCCCAAUUCCUGGAAAUGAGAGUUCCACGGAGGAGUCCAUGGAUCACAAGACACUAGAAUUCCCAGAGCCCGAACCCCAAGGGAACCCCAAUCCCUAAAGCCUCUAUCUCCAGCACAUGGAUGGCUUCAAGGCCCUGAGAGGGUCCCACUGUCUGGAGCCCCUGUUUCCAUCUAUAUCCUGGCCACAGGUGCAAGUCACCAAAUCUGAGUCCCCAGAGGACGCCACAGCACCUGGACCAGACUAACAACAUGAGGGUGAACCUGAAGACCCUGGGGGUCCUGGGUGGACCUGGGGCCCUGACCACCAAGGGCAGCUCAUGACUGCCCCUUCACUGCAUGUCCCCCCAACACAGCAUGAUCCCUGCCCCCCACAAUAAAGAUAUUUCUAUGGCU